GGAUUCCUAUAGAGGUUCGCAGGUGGUGCGAGCCAGUAGACCAUCUCCCCCGAUACAGAGAGAGAGGUUGAAGAGGUAGAGCAAUUCACGGGGACGGCUCCGCCUGCCUCGGACGUCACUUUACGACCAGUGCAGAAUCCGGUGAGUGGACUGAGUGAAGGUUGAGGAGGCGAGGCGAUUGAUCUGAUCGGAAAACGAGGGAAGUUGAUGUGAAGGCGGUGCCACGAUGGCCACGCAUCGUGCUGCGCUCACGGUUGGUCCGGCGAUGGAUCUGCCGAUAAUGCACGACAGCGACCGGUACGAGCUGGUGAGGGACAUCGGGUCGGGGAACUUCGGGAUCGCCAGGUUGAUGAGGGACAAGCAGACCAAGGAGCUCGUCGCGGUCAAGUACAUCGAGAGAGGCGAGAAGAUAGAUGAAAAUGUUAAAAGAGAGAUAAUUAACCAUCGGUUGUUGAGGCAUCCUAAUAUAAUCAGAUUUAAAGAGGUUAUUUUAACUCCGACCCAUUUGGCAAUCGUUAUGGAAUAUGCUUCUGGUGGUGAGCUUUUUGAACGAAUUUGCAAUGCAGGACGCUUCAGUGAGGAUGAGGCACGAUUUUUUUUCCAGCAACUUAUAUCCGGAGUUAGCUACUGUCACUCAAUGCAAGUAUGCCACCGUGAUUUGAAGCUUGAAAAUACUUUGUUAGAUGGAAGUGUUGCUCCUCGUCUGAAGAUAUGUGAUUUUGGAUAUUCCAAGUCAUCUGUUCUGCAUUCACAACCAAAGUCCACAGUGGGAACUCCUGCAUAUAUUGCUCCUGAAGUGCUACGUAAGAAAGAAUAUGAUGGCAAGAUAGCUGAUGUGUGGUCUUGUGGAGUCACUUUAUAUGUAAUGUUAGUCGGAGCAUAUCCCUUCGAGGACCCAGAGAAGCCUAAAAAUUUUCGAAAUACAAUAGAGUGUAUACUGAACGUUCAAUAUUCGAUUCCGGAGAACAUUCCCAUAUCUCCUGAAUGUCAACACUUGAUCUCGAGUAUCUUCGUUGAUAAUCCUAAGCUCUUGCACACAAGAAUUUCAAUUCCCGAGAUACGCAACCAUGAGUGGUUCUUGAAGAACCUUCCAGCCGAACUGAUGGAUGACAACACAAUGAGCAGCCAGUAUGAAGAGCCUGACCAACCGAUGCAAAGCAGCGACGAGAUAAUGCAGAUCUUGGCCGAGGCAACUAUCCCUGCAGUUGGCACGUCUGGACUCAACCAGCACCUUUUCGGUAGUCUGGAACUUGACGACGACGAUAUGGAGGAUUUUUACUCCGAUCCAGACCUCGACAUUGAAAGCAGCGGGGAAAUGAUCUAUGCCAUGUAAAUAUCUUGGUUGGGUCAUUGUCACUGAAGAAGUCCACCUCGAGCUAAAUUAGGCAACAACAUCUUGUUUUAUUUUUGUUUUAUCUGCUAUCAUCUUUCCUUGGAUCAAAAGGAGCUAGAAAUUUUCUUGAUCAUUCUUUGAUGCAUGAUUUGAAAUUCACAAUAAGACCCCUUUGCACUACAUGAGUGGUUACUCUAAUAGAUAUUGGUGUUAAUUUUCAAUGAGUAUAAAAUGUUUCGUUAGAUAUC